ACCAACUUCACCUUUACUUGCAUAUCAUAUCAUGAUGAUCUCCCCCAUCUGCUUCUUCAUAUUUUCUCUCGUUCUCUCCUCUUCCUAUGCUGCUGUGCAAGACUUCUGUGUUGCAGACUACACAGCUCUUCAAGGCCCUGCAGGGUACUCUUGCAAAGACCCUGCAAAAGUUACGGUAGAUGAUUUCGUCUACUCUGGCCUAAGAGUUCCUGGCAAUACCUCCAAUAUUCACAAGUUUGGAUUUGUACCUGCAGUUGUUGCUCAGUUUCCAGGUCUCAAUGGCCUCGGCGUUUCGGUGGCUCGCACGGACUUGGGUGUGGGUGGAGUUAUCCCAUUCCACACUCACCGUGGAGCUACAGAAGUGCUAAUUGUCGCGGAAGGAAGUUCGGUACUUGCAGGGUUCAUUGACUCGAAUAACAAAGUUUAUCUGAAAACUCUGAACAAGGGUGAUAGUAUGAUUUUCCCUCGAGGUUUAUUUCACUUCGCAGUGAAUCAAGGCGAUACUCCGGUCCUUAUGUAUGCUAGCUUAAGCAGUGAAAACCCAGGUCUGGAUGUUUUGGAGACUUCACUGUUUAAAAACGAUUUGUCUACUGAUUUGAUAUCCAAGACUACUUUACUGGACAAAUCUCAGAUCAGGAAACUUAAGCGUCUUCUUGGUGGUACUAAUUAAUGUCUCUUAAUCGAUGUACUCAGAUGCAGAAUGUAAUAACUAUAUGAUGUCAUUUUUUUCUUUUUUCUGAAGACAAAUAAUAAUUCUUCCAUUGCAGAUCUUAAUGUA